AUGGAUGACAUACCAGAAUAUCGUCAUACGGUCAACAUUUGGAAGACCAUUCCUCCGAUAUUGUUGACGUUUGGGACCUUGGGCAACCUUCUGGUAAUACUCGUCCUAAGCCGGAAACGAAGUCGCUACUCGUCCACGGCCACAUAUCUUGUAGCCCUAGCCGUGUCGGACCUGCUGGUGUUGUAUUCUGGGCUGUUGCGUCAGUGGAUCAUUUACAAAUUCGACAUAGAUGUAAGGGAGUUGAGCAUUGCUGGUUGCAAGAUAAACAUUUUUCUCGUUUACUUUAGCACUCAAUGCUCGUCUUGGUUAUUGGUCGCCGUCACCUGUGAGAGGUUUAUAGGUGUCUGGUUGCCACAUCGCGUCAAGCAAGGAUGUACCCAGAAAACAGCGCUGCUGUUCGUUAGCAUAAUAGUUGUUUGCUUAAUGGCGCUCAACGCUCAUUGGUUUUAUGGUAUGGGGAAAUACACGAUUGUAUAUAACAACAGAACAUAUGUGUUUCUGUGUGAUUCAAUAUUUGACGAUUAUUACGACUUUCUUGGUUUAACCUGGCCUUGGAUAGAUUUAUCCGUCUUUUGUCUGGUUCCGUUUACAAUUCUCCUUAUUGGCAACGUGUCUAUUAUAAUUCGAGUUAUGAUAAGCAAGUAUAAAACGCGAGUUCAGAUUGCGCCAUCUAAUUUAACUAGCAAGAGAAAGGCGGAUGACAAAACGUCGCAGUUAACGGCAAUGUUAUUAACGUUAAACGCCGUGUUCUUCGUUUGCGCGACCCCAAUAUCGAUUUACUUACUUGGACAACGUUUCUGGAUCAAAAACAUUGAAACGUAUGAGGACCUAGCUGUAAUGAGAUUGUGGUGGGCCGUCGUGAAUUGCUUCAUGUAUCUAAACAAUACGUUGAAUUUUGUCUUAUACUUUUUGAGUGGGUCCCGUUUCCGAGAUGAAGUGAAGGCAUUAUUCCGUGGUGGACAAGGCAGGUCAGUUUUUGGGGGAUGGACUACCAGAAUUGGGCCUGGUUCAUCCAUGGGCUCAAAGAUGGGGCCUGUUAAGACAACCCCAACAGGAGAAACGACCAUAUCGCACGUCGUGGACCUAGAAGGAAAGGAAGUAAAAGGGCCAAAUUGUUCAACCGAGGCUUGA